AUGGAGCUGAUCGAUGGGGUAGAAGUUAAUUCAACCUCAUGUGAGGGGUCCCCAACCAAGAUUCACGGGACUUAUUCUCCGUCAACAUCUCUUUUUGGCUUCCAACUGCUGAUUAUACUCACGGCGCUGAUAGGCAGCUGUACACUCUCCAUGAACAUUUUUCUAAUACGGAUUUUCCAUGUGACAAAUGGUGGUUUGAAGUCAGUGAAAUUUUCAUCAGAGUCAGAACUGUGGUUCAAGGAUGAUGUCAUUUUCGCUGAAAUGCUGAGGACUAGUCAGCUCACGCACAUUAGUCGCAACAGGGUACGUCCUGAAGUAGGAAUCGAUGGCUUCGUGUUAUCGUCGGGGCGAGGCAUCCAUAUCGAAUCCAACGCUCGCACCGGGAAAGUCAACUCCCUGACCUUGUCAGACGGAAGCUUGGACGUUCGCGGGAGCGUGUUCGCAGUUCAUUCAACCUCCAGUGGAGAUAAUGUUGUGUUCCAAGCUGGUAUCGAUGAAGUUCUUAUCUCUGCGAGCAAUAUUCCGAUCGAAGCAUCCGCAGGAUUCACGCUCCAGGGCUCACUCAUAUCAGGAACGAUACGUGGUGAUCCAACUGAAGAUUUCAGGGUCGGCUCACCAACGGAAAAGGUCACUGUCCGCAGCGGGGGUGACACCGUGGUCGUUUCUAAGUCUGAGUAUGUGGUCCUCAAGUCUGGUGUGGAUGUUGGACUGGAAUCUGAUAACGGUGCAGUGAUUAUCGACAGUCCGAAGCUCGAAAUCAAGAAUCUGCCCGUGUCUGAGUUGAAGAGUGUUCGGGCUAAACGGGAGUUCCAUCAUCGAGGAGACUCGUCUUCCGCAAACUCGAAAGUCGAUACCACGUCUUUCGCAUUGUGUACCUGCAAGAAUGGGAAAGUCUUCUAUGUAUCCGACGAGGAGAACUGCAAUGCUAGUGUGAAUUUCUGCAAAGAUCAAGAGGACGAAGCAAUCUUCCCGAGACCACCCUGAGAUCUCGACUAUGAUUCCUAGACACUAUCGCGACAUCUCCUACUCACGCUGAUAAUGAUCAAACAAAAUAAAAGCCGUAUG